AUGUCCAAACCGGCCAGCUCUCGCAGCAGUAGGCGGUCUUACCGUCCAACGAGCUCCACGAGCUCCACUGGUCUUACGACAGAAUACGAUUACGCUGCUGCCUAUGGAGAACCAGCACUUUCGGAUGCCUCCUCUGACGAGCAAAUAGCGAGAGCGAUUUCAGAGUCAAAGAAAACGGUCCAUCAUCGAGCACCCCCGAUUUCGCGCACCUCUUCGGCCUCUUCUUGGACAUUCGUUGGGGAAGAAUCGCCUAGUCGCGCAAGCUCCAUUUCCAAUGGAUAUACGCCCACCCCAACCCCGCGAUAUGCUGCUGACGAGACCGUAGCACGUAGUCUUGCAAGGUCAUGGAAUGUGGCUUCCCUCCAAUCGGACAUUAUCCACAAUCCCUCAUUCUCUCCCUCGAGUGGCCCGCCACUCGUUGUACGCUCCCCUUCCCCAGCUAGGUCGUCAAUUUCCGCUUCGACCUCAUAUACGUACCGCUCGCCACCUCCAAACCGGCCUUUGUCCCCAUUAUCUCUUUCCGCGCGCUCACUAUCGAGUGUUGCGUCACGUUCUCCUUCCAUAACCUCCAUUUCCUCCGUCGCAUCAACACACUCUAAUGUCUCUGCUAGCAUUGCUUCCAUCAUAUCCAGUGUCGCCCGUUCCUCCCGGCAUGAACCACUUGACACUGCUACCCGUACCCUCCGAGCAUCUCUCCCGCCCUCUCUGUCUCGUUCCGUAUCGUCGUCCUCAUCUUCUAUCAAAUCACCACGGGCAGGUUCCGUCCGCUCGUUGGCAACAUCUUCGUCACGAAGAAGCACAUCAAGUGUCUUGGACGCGUCAGAAAAAACUGCCCUAGCCCGCCUCCACGCGGUCGUUGCAAAAUCCAUACCUUGUGCCAACCCGGGGUGUGGCGCCCUGAUCCCGCCAGCUACAUUAGAUACCAUUUCGUUCCCAGCUAUUAUCUCCGACCUUUCGCCUCCACGCGCGUUGUUUGCGGCCCUCCACGCUCGAUGUCCAACUUGCACACAGAACCACUGCCGCGGUUGCGGCCAGCCAACGGGUUGCGCUGCCGAUUGUUGUUGUGCCCCGACACCAAUUUAUUCGUCGCCCGCUCGCCGGUUAAUAACUUAUCCCGCGACCUCUACUGCCUCACCAAAUUACGACGAACAAUUUACCCCGCCACCGUGUAGUGUCCCCACUCAUUGUCCCGCUGUCCGUGCGCUUGGGGCACUUUUCGCGCUGUUUGCAUUUGACCGAGCCCAUGUCGCAAUUUCCCAGCAUGGCCGGUCAGCUGACAAGGCGCUCAUUGGACCGCUGCACUCAUUAACAUUCUUCAUUGCGCCACCUCCUCACCAUGCUGGGACUCCUCGCGGAACUCAAGAGCCUGUUUUCGAGGUGGACCCGGCAUUACCCGUGCUGGUCCGGCUUUCCCGUGUGCCAACCUAUGCCGCGAGUCUCUUACGAGCGGAGGCAGAUGUGGGGCGCUGGAUAGACCGCGCGCCGGCGUAUAGCGCGAUUCUCCGUGUUUUACGGGCAUUGGGGGACACGGCUGGCUGUCGCUCAGUUUUGACCAAACCCAUAGCUGUCUCCGCCGAGUCGGGGUUGCAGUUGUGGACUCGCAAUGGGGAAGUCUCUGCUGGCAGUGCAUUUGAUAAGGACACGCUGCGUGGACUGAUCAGGCGGCUGGAAGGCGCGAGGGCGGCGCUGUUAAGGCUGGCGGGGGCCCUGGAGUUUGGCCCGACAGUGCGGCAGGCACAUGCGCUGUGUGAUGGGGUGUUGUAUCUUUUGUUGCAGGAUGCACUGGGGGAUGCGGAUGAGUAG